AUGAUUCGGCGUGACCGCGACGGCGCAGCCCCGGCCCAGUUGCACAAGUGGUGGCUUUGUUUACGCAUCAUUGUCCAGCGCUCCAACGGGCCGGCCCGUACGUGCUUCGUGAUCUUCUCCUGCUUCGUGGCCCUGGCCUAUGCCAGCGCACCAGCCGCCAUCGCCGCCGCACCGGUAGCUUACACAGCGCCGCUGGCCAAAAUCGAGGAGUACGAUCCGUUGCCGCAGUAUAGAUUUGGAUAUGACGUCGCCGACUCACUGACCGGUGACUACAAGAGUCAACAAGAGCAGCGCGACGGGGACUUAGUGCAGGGCCAGUACUCGCUCGUCGAGCCUGACGGCACCCUCCGCACGGUUGACUACACCGCCGAUUCCGUGAAUGGAUUCAACGCGGUCGUCCGGAAGGAGCCCCUGGUGGCCGCUGCUCCCGCCGUGGUCGCUGAGCCCGCAGUGGUGCCAGCUCGCAUUGCAGCUGCUCCAGUCGUUGCGGCUAAAGUCGCAGCUCCCGUCGUGGCCCAACCCGCUGUUGUUGCUGCCCGCUACGCUGUCGCCACUCCCGCCGUCGCUGCCCGCUACGCCGCCGCUGCUCCCGCUGUUGCCGCACCGGCCGUUGCCGCGCCCGUAGUCGCUAAGUACGCCGCAGCUCCGGUAGCACCGGUAGUCGCCCCGGCCCCUGUCUACGCUCGCUACGCCGCCGCCCCGGUCUACGCUCGAUACGCUGCCGCACCCGUCGUUGCUACUCGUUACGCGGCCGCUCCCGUCGCGGCAGCCCGUUACGCCGCUGCUCCCAUCGUAUCCGCUGGUUACGCCGCACCCGUGAGAGCACCCGUCGCCUAUACCGCUGCGUACACUGCCCCCUUCGCUGCCGCGUACACCUCACAAGUGGCGUACAACGCCCCUAUUGCCGCAGCAUACAGCGCCCCUAUUGCCGCAGCAUACAGCGCCCCUAUUGCCGCAGCAUAUAGCGCCCCAGUAGCAGCUGUGCCAUCACCAGCACGUCUCGCCGUCGCCCCCGCCCCCGCCGUGACUCCCGUAGUGCGCGCGGCGCCUGCCAAACUUGUCGAGGCCGCCCCAGCUGGUUACAGAUAUCCU